AUGGACUUCAUGGUGUCUAAAGCUAUUUUGACAUUUAUAUCGAUUGUCUAUGGUAAGGAGUUCAAAAAAAUUUUGACACUUGACAAGCCAAGCUCCAUGCAAGAAUUGAAUAUGAAAGUUGAAAAAAGAACAAAGGUUAGUGAUCAAAGAAGAGGCCGCAAAGCUCGCUAG